AUAGUGACCGUAAAUAGCAACAUAAACGAGCUUUACUAAUUGCAACUGAGGCUUCUGAUGUCGCAUGGUGUUUGUUAAUAAAUCUCUUUUAUUCACUUAUUAUGGAGUCAGAUUGCCUUCACAUUUACAUUGACUAUCUUGGAAGCAGCGGAAUAAUUCUCAGCUCUGAAGAAAAGGCUGCUCUUCAGACAUCUUUAAUAAUUCUACAAAACGAAAACAAGUUUUAUAGGGUAUAUUUCUGGGGUAAAAUUCUAGGAGUAAAAGAUAAUUAUUUCAUUGCUCAAGGCGUCUACAAGGAUGAAUUUGCAGGAAGAAGAACAUUUUACAGUAAAGACUGCAUUCACUGGGGUCUGCUACCACAUGCAACUUUAGAAAUGAAAACCAAGUCUAAACUUGCCAAAGGGCGCUUUACUGGAGAUCCUUCAUAUGAGUUUGAACAUGUGGAGACAAGAAAGAUUGGUGAUGGAGAAGAAGCAACAGAGGAAGAAGAAACAACCAUAAUCAAGGAGGAGGAGAGAUUGUCAUCUGUAAUUGCUGAGAUCGAUGAUGAUGUGAGAAUCAUACCUCGUGGGGCUUUCAUCCAAGUCCCAACUGCUGAAGUUGUCAAAAACAGAAGUUUUGAAGGACUAUCUGUACAAGAAUCCGCCAAGCUUUGCAACUACAUGCACUUCAGAGAAGCUAAGAGAUUGGAUUUAAAAUCUUUAUUGCAACGUGCAAACAUGGAUAAGGCCAUUGACUUUAUGGACAGCAUCGAGGAUGAUGUUCCCCGUGGAUCUUGGACAAUGCAGUUUGAGAGAGGGAGUGGUUUACUAAUAUUAAGAAGUCUUCAGUGGCCUGGAUAUGUUUUUUAUCAUGUACCAGCAUCUCAGAAAUAUGGAUCAUGUUACUUUGGAACUGGGGAAAAGAACAUGGACUUACCUUUUAUGCUUUAAAAAAGAUUCAACUUUUUGAUACAAUGUAUAUAAUGAUGAUAUUUAACAAUGAUGUGAUGAAAUUGUCAUUGUAUGAUGUUUCAUUGUAAGGAAAAAUGACUCUUCUAAUCAGCUCAUUCUGAACAAUAUUAGGUGGAGAGAAAAAAAAAGCAAUUUGAGAUCCAUUGUGUCUUGGAUGUUUUAUUGAAUGAAAAGUCUUUAUGUAUUUUAGGGUUCCAUUUUU